CCGAACUAUUUUUGAAGAAGAGUGAAGAAAUGUCGCGCGCAAAGAGAGCAAAGGUCGAUCUCGACCCGAAGGAAAACCCGUACCUCGCCCACAUGUACGAGAACAACGAGGAGGGGGGUUACUCGAACGGUCAGAGGCAAAAUGGCAACGGCGAUUCUUCCAUAUUGUCAACUUUCACCAGACAUGAGACGACUGCUGCGCAAGCCCACCAGGCCGAAGAUGGCCCAGCCAACCCUUUCAACAAUCAGCCGCUCUCAAACCAAUACUUCAACAUCCUGAAGACUCGCCGUGACCUCCCGGUCCAUAAGCAGAGGCAGGAGUUUCUCGACAUGUUCCACAAGACGCAAAUUCUUGUCUUCGUAGGAGAGACUGGUUCCGGUAAAACGACCCAGAUUCCUCAGUUUGUGCUCUUCGACGACCUCCCACAUUUCAGGAACAAGCUCGUGGCGUGUACGCAACCUCGUCGUGUGGCUGCCAUGUCCGUCGCGCAGCGUGUCGCUAAUGAGAUGGAUGUGAAGCUUGGGCAAGAAGUUGGUUUCAGCAUUCGUUUCGAGGACGUUACGUCUUCAAAGACGAUUCUCAAAUACAUGACCGAUGGUAUGCUUCUGAGAGAAGCCAUGCACGACCACAACCUCUCGCGCUACAGCUGCAUCAUUCUCGAUGAAGCCCACGAGAGGACCCUUGCCACUGAUAUUCUUAUGGGAUUGUUGAAGGAGGUUGCUGUGAGACGACCGGACUUGAAGAUCGUUAUCAUGUCCGCGACCCUUGAUGCGCAGAAGUUCCAGAAAUACUUCAACAAUGCCCCACUGCUUGCUGUUCCCGGAAGAACUCACCCUGUCGAGAUUUUUUAUACCCCUGAGCCAGAGCGCGAUUACGUUGAGGCUGCGCUACGAACGGUUCUUCAAAUCCACGCAACCGAGCCCGAAGGAGAUAUCUUACUCUUCCUGACUGGUGAGGAAGAGAUCGAAGAUGCUUGCAGAAAGAUCUCCCUGGAAGCAGAUGAGAUGGUGAGAGAGGCGGAUGCCGGUCCGCUGAAGGUUUACCCGUUAUAUGGUACUUUGCCGCCUGCCCAGCAGCAAAAGAUUUUCGAACCUGCCCCUGCCCCUAUACGACCUGGUGGCAGGCCCGGACGCAAGGUCAUUGUCGGAACCAAUAUCGCCGAAACUUCGCUGACAAUCGACGGUAUCGUCUACGUGGUGGAUCCUGGAUUCAGCAAGCAAAAGGUGUACAACCCCAGAAUCAGAGUCGAGUCUCUCCUUGUGUCUCCUAUUUCCAAGGCCUCGGCACAACAGCGUGCUGGUCGUGCUGGUCGUACGCGUCCAGGAAAGUGCUUCCGUCUGUACACAGAAGCUGCGUUCAAGAAGGAGCUGAUUGAGCAAACGUACCCCGAGGUUCUCCGCUCCAACCUUGCUAAUACGGUUCUGGAGCUCAAGAAGCUCGGCGUUGAGGAUCUGGUGCAUUUCGAUUUGAUGGACCCUCCCGCUCCGGAGACCCUCAUGCGCGCUCUGGAGGAACUCAAUUACCUUGCGUGCUUGGAUGAUGAUGGAGAGCUCACUGAGCUCGGAAAACUUGCCUCGGAGUUUCCCCUGGAUCCUGCUCUUGCCGUCAUGCUUAUCACCUCCCCUGAAUUCUACUGCUCCAACGAGAUCCUCUCUCUUACUGCCCUGCUCUCUGUUCCGCAAGUAUUCGUCCGCCCAGCAUCGGCUCGCAAGCGCGCCGACGAGAUGAAGGCCCUGUUCGCGCAUCCAGAUGGCGACCACCUCACCCUCCUCAACGUUUACCACGCCUUCAAGGGCCCGGCUGCGCAAGCCGACCAAAGGCAAUGGUGUCAUGAACAUUUCCUCUCCCUCCGUGCUCUGCAGUCUGCCGACAACGUGCGCCAGCAACUCGAGAGGAUCAUGCUGAAGUCAGGCCUCGACCUCAUCAGCACUCCAUUUGAGAACAAGGAUUAUUAUAUCAACAUCCGCAGAGCUCUGGUGGCUGGUUUCUUCAUGCAGGUUGCCAAGAGAGAGGGCAGUGGAAAGACGUAUAAGACUGUGAAGGAUGACCAGGCAGUGAUGCUGCAUCCGAGCACAGUGCUUGGCCAUGAGGCUGAGUGGGUUGUCUACAACGAGUUUGUGCUUACUACUAAGAAUUAUGUGCGAACUGUUACGAGUGUUCGGCCUGAGUGGCUUCUGGACAUUGCGCCAACAUACUAUGAUCUCGAUUCUUUCCCCAAGGGCGAGAUUAAGACUGCCCUCAUGCGUACAACUGAGAAGAUCCGCAGGAAGCAGGCGAUGAAGGCUGGGAGAUGAGAGGCUCUUCAGAUAUGAGAAUGAAUUAGCUUUGGGUAGCUUGAACUGGAAGGCAACUCGACGCGGAGCCGGGUUGCUCUUUGUAACCCAUUGGACGGCAAGGAGUAAAUACCAACUGUCGCCUUCCAAUGCCGAACUGGAGAAUAUGGAGUUUCAAAAUGGGUAGACGGCCGUGUCAAUCACGAAUAGCCAUUGAUUGAAUCAUAUUAUAGACGAGUCAUGAGUUAUGGCUAAGCAGACGGAAUAGAUCACUUAGACUCGACUGAAUAAUUCAGCCAAAAUAUACCAAUAAGCCAAACUUUGUUGCUA